AUGUUGGUUGAAGGCGUUCUUUUGAGAGUGAAACUGGGCAAACCCGCGCGGGACGCGGUGGACUUGUUGCAAAUAUCGAGGGAGAUAAAGAACGCCGAGGCCGUCCUUAAGAGCACCAGGAAUGUUCUGGACAAGACACGGAGGACCGCAUCGACAGAGGGAACGACAGAAAAUCACGAGUGUGAGCAGGCGGCCCUUUGUUACGCUGCCAAAAAACGUGCUGGUAUGGAGGCUUUUUUUAUUAGCGAGGAUGUGUUUCAUGCAUUUCAAAGAGUUUUUCUGGAUCUCGUGGAGGAGGAGCGCGUCGCACGCUGUCGACUUGACGACCUUCACGCGGACACCAAGGAGCGCGCCGCUAAGGCUCGUAGUGCGGAGUAUUUCAUGGACACCAAGUGCGUUUUUGAGCGCUUUGCUGUAGAGGAAGAGGCGCGUGAGAAGAAGGUAAAGCUGUUCCAAGAAUACAGUGGCUUUUUGAGUGCUCUGAGGUUUGCAGAGGAGGAGGAGCGUCAGGAGGCCAUAAGUCGCGCGAGGGCAAGGCGACGGGUCUCGCUACAGCAACCUGUUGCUCAGCCAAUGCCGCUGAGCUCCUUCGGGCAGCCUGGUGUGAUGUCACCGCCCGUUGGCUUGCAGCAGACGGCACGGCCGCAAGGACCGCCGCAGUUUGCGCAUCAACAGCCUCCAUAUACCGCACAAACUCAACCUUACGGCUUACCACAUAAUUUUUUUGGGCGAGGACAACAGAUGUAUCAGCCGCAACCACAACAAAUGCAGGCGAGUGGAUAUUAUGCUGCCGCACCAGUCGGAAGAGGAGGCUAUCAUUACGGUGCCCCAUCGGCCCCUCCCUUUCAGGCCCCGGCGCAAAACAUCUUUCCAGCGCAGUACCAGGCUUUUCAGCAGCAACACCCGCCGAACUCCGGCUGGCCGGGGCAUUCACAGGCUGCACGAGGCCGAACGCAUUAUUACGGGCUUUAG